CAGUCUAGUGUCGGGGAAAUAGCUGUCCGAACUCGAAUCCCGCCUCGUCGUCGUCGUCGUCGUCGUCCGCCGCAACUUUCAAAUUUCAGUGAUGUCUACUGCAAGGGUGUUUAGGGGCACUAGGGUUUUACUCGAGGCAGCCAAGGCUGCCACCAAACACUCGUCGUCGUCGUCGUCGACCUCCUCCUCCGCCGCAACUGCUGCAGCGACUGCUAAGAAGAAGCCACCAACUGGCGCAACCACCAAAGCUGCUGCUUCUCGCUCCAAGUCAACCACUGCAGCGGCUAAACCGAAGCCGAAUGCGAAGCCGAAGACGAAGCCGGUGAAGCAACCCCGGGCUCCUCCGAGUCCCAACUCUGGGGUUUUUAAAUUGAGUCCUGUCUCUUCUGCUCUCAAUGACUUCCUCGGCGUCUCCGAAUCCUCCCGCUCCGAUGCAGUCAAGAAAGUCUGGGAGCACAUCAAACUUAACAAUCUCCAGAACCCUGCAAAUAAGAGAGAGAUUUACUGUGAUGACAAGCUCAAGACACUGUUUGAAGGAAGAGAGAAAGUUGGGAUGCUGGAGAUUGCAAGGAUACUCUCUGGACAUUUUGUGAAGACUGGCUAACUGCAAAUGGAUUAGCUAAACCAUUGGGAUGACAGUGCAGUUUUUACUUUUUAGUUAUUAACUUGUGGCUUGUGGAUCUGCCCCCUUUAGGAUAGCACGAUAUGUGUUGUUUGAAAUUUCGGAUGAAACUUGUGACUUGAAUCUUUAUGCUACUGAUCCUGUGUAUUCUAUCCCGGAACAACUCGGUGCUUCACUGUCUUCUUAAUAUUGUUCUCCAUGUUUACAAAUUUGUUUUCUUGACAAUGAUGCGAUUGCUGUUCAUGGAUAUCAGUGGCUGUAGAAUUCAAUAGACAAAAAAUAGCUGAUUUUAAACCUAUUUGCAUUGCAGGACAUCGCUAUUGUAGCACUACCACCCAUUAGGUUGUUCAAGGCCCUGUAAUCUGUUUCUGUGUUAAUCCCUUGGAUGAGAAUGGCUGGAGCUGGUGGUGAGAUGAGAUUGCCUGUCUAUCCUCUUGGAACAAUUCAAAUGUGGACGUUUAAGCGUGAUGUAAUAUUAGAUCUAGAGCUGCUGAUUGGGGUUAUUUGGGCAUCUGAUGCGGGCACAGAGUGAAGGUUUCGUAAGGUCCCUUGUAGUGUUAGAUAACUGUUUUGCCUUGAGAUCCUCGAUUGGUCAUAUGGGUCGAGUUGUUCUUCAUUACUUUAUGGGAGGAACUUGUUAGCAAAAAAUGAAAAUGACAUAAGAAAGGCAUUGUCCCUUUUUUUUUUCGGGUAAAAUUAAAGGCAUUACCAUGUUGUAUGGUAUGUAUUGAGCCU